UCUUAAUGGCCAUUCAAAGUUUCCCUUCUUAGAACAUAAAAUAGGAAUGAAGAAAGUAUAUACUCCUUUUAUAAUUGUCAUAAGGAGGCGAGAAUGAGUUUCGGCAAAAUCCCCAUUCUUCCACUCUUGCUGCCAAAAUUCCUUCGUUGCGAAAGAAAAACCUGAAAAAGCGUCGCCUUCUGAUGCUUUGUUCGUGAGCGCUUUACCUGAGAAGAUAGCGGGUUAAAGAAGCCAUCUCAUUUUUCACCUUCCUUCAUUUCUCAGUUCUUUGUGCCACAGAUUUCUCGAUUAUCUACUCAGAUGUUAAAUUUUGAACCAGGGCCAAAUACUAUGCAACCCGUGAUUGUCAGGGGAAGAGGUAAAAACAAAAAGUUCUGGAAUGUUAGGGAGGAAGCUACUCUAAUUGAUAUUCUUUCCGAGUUAAAUGGUACAAGCUGGAAAACUGACCAUGGCUACAAGAACGGAUACUGCUAUCAUGUAGAGAAACAAAUGGAACUGAAACUACCUGGUUGUGGUUUGAAAGCUGAUCCUCACAUUGAAUCAAAGAUUAAGACCUUGAAGAGGCACCUCGCCUAUAUACUGGCUAUUAUGGAUACUGAUGGCGCGUUUUGGUGGGAUGAUGAACAAAAAAUGGUGGUUGGCAAUAAAGAAGCAUUUUUAUCUUGGGCCAAGGAUCAUGAGGGAGCAUCGUCUUUGUUUAUGAAGCCAUUUGUGCACUUCGACAAAUUAUGCGAAAUUUAUGGAAAAAGAAUGCCGAGCAGGAAAAGGGUUCGGUUAAAUUCAGAAGCGAUAGCUGUUCCUGUCAACCACAUCAGGAACUGCGAGACACAGUCAAAUGUGAGGGAGGACGCUAAUUCCAUGACCCAAAGCACGAUCACGCUUCCAUCUUCUGAAGCUAGAUUCGAAAAGUGUAAGAGAUCCUCAUCCAAGGAUGUCGAUCCCUCAGAAUCGGAAUUUACGGAAAUGUCGAAGACUAUCAAAAGUCUUGCUGAAGCUCAAAAGGACUUGACCUUGACUAUGAUGAACAUGAAAAAAACUUCGUCGUAUGAUGUGGAAAUUAGUGAACACAGAAAGAAGUUAUUCAGUGUGUUGAUGACUCUUCCAGGACUGUGUCCUGUGGAAGUAGUGAAAGCUGCUCGUUCCAUUGGUCAAGAUGAUAAGAAGGUUCAGGUUUUCUUUAGCAUGCCUGAUGAGUACAAAAUCAUAUUUGUUCAUUUAGAAAUUGACACGUUAGAGUAGAUCCUUUUUUGCUACUUUGUUAAAUAUUAGGAUUAUUAGCCAACUCAAAAUCAAAUAUUCACGUUAUGAUGCCCACAUUAUUUACUUACCUGCUAUUUAUCCUCUCUUACUAAA